CGUAUAGAAAUGAAGCGUCCUGCGCCUGAGCAUCCUUUCUUGUUUAUCAUAUGGUAGCUAUUUACUAAAUUGUGUGUGUACCGCACAUUUAGACAGUAGACUGUGAAUUGAUUGCAGCUUUGGGGUGGUUCUGAGCUAAGUAAGCCUCUCUGCAGUUACUCCACAUCUGCAUUGCUCAGCUGCGGCAUGCAUGAUUGUUUUAGUUAAAUGCGUAUCUCUCUCCCACAACCAUCCCAGCAAUUUUUUUUUUCUGCUCAAUUGGCACCUAGCGGGCCGCUUUUCCCGUUUGUCAGUGCGAGCACCUGCAUCCGGAGACAGCGGCUCGCCCUCCGUCGAUACUUCUUUAUUCCCAGCGCUCCCAUUAGCGCGAUGAGUCUAAACGACUCCUUCGAUGACAGCGAAAUGAUACGGUGGGGCGAGCUAUCUGCGCGGGAGGAGAGGAAAUCACAGACCUCAGUCCUCGCCUGCCACCCGCGCAGCGCACUGCGCUCACAGCAGAGAACGCCUUUAGUUGCUGGGAAGACAAGUUCUGCAAGACAAGUUCCAUUUUCUAGAGCUGUCAAUCAGCCGGUCGGCAAGAUCGUCUGUCGCCAUGUGGGCGUGCCUGAUCUUGACCAGCACUUCAGCGACAUUACCGAGACCUUCAACGAGCAGCACGAACACUACGAGUGCAUGAAGGAAAAUCUAAGUACCCUGAGGUACCGCUACCGCUGUCCCCCGGACAGCAGCCUGUCCGAGUGCCUGAAGAAGAUCAUGGAGGAGCACGACAUGCACCACAUCAAGAUACAAAUAAAGGGCUGUUACUUCUCCUUGGAUGUGAUGCCGGUGGAAAACAUGCCCGACAAGCUGAAGCUGACACAGGAUGGCAUCACGGAGCUAUCCCGGGCCACCACGGCCGUCGAGUCAUCUUGCACCAAGCUCCAGCGGAUGAUCGAGUUUUACCUGAAGGACGAAGAGUGCCUGACCACACGGGUGAGGGAGGCAGCCCCAACACACCAGGAGCAGCAACGGCUGGAAGGCAACCUCCAGGCCAACUUGCGGGAGGCUCGCAGGGCUAAAGAGUUUAGCACUCGCUACAGGGAAGAGGCUCGGAAACUUUUAACCGAGGCAGCCCAGCUGUCUGGCGUCACUCUGUAAACUCUCGUGACUGCGCAGUACUGGAGACAGUAAGGGACGUUCUUGAGGUGGGGUGAGGGAUCACGCCAUGCAAGACUGCUUCUCUUUAAUAUAGGAGUUUAACAGCGGUGUACUGUAGAGACUGGCUGUGCUGUGCAACUUUUAAAACUUAAAUUAAAAAUCUGAAUGCGUAUGUAUGCAGACAGUUAUUUGAAUCUGUGCUGUGUUGUAAGGAGUAAUAUGCACAUGGGGAACAGAAAAGCAGGUUUUAUUCUGUCUUUUAAAAGCAAUGAUUAUCUCAAGUCUCAAAAGACUGGGAACUACUUGUGCUUGUACUUGAGUCUAUUAGUGAAAACACACAUCUGUUAAAAUAGGAGUUAAUUUAACACUACUGAUUAUUUUUUUAUUUGAUAUUUCUGGAUACGCCUGGUGAUGCCUUAGACAAUGGAGAAAUAAAAUGAUAUCUAGGAAACUCAUCUGAAUUGGCGGGGGUUGUAGAUGUAGGAGCAUGAGCUAUGUUAAUUUAGGAUGAUCUGCUGUGCUCUGUUUCACAGCCUCCAUCUCUCUGAUAAAUGUUCAUAUGUCACUAAA